AUGUCGCUCACCUCGGAAUCCCACCUGUCUCACCUCAACAUCGUCCCGAAGUUGGCAGCCGACGGCUCCAACUGGAUUACGUACAAGGAGCGCAUGUUCACCGUCAUGGGCUCCCGAGGGCUGUUGCGACAUCUCCAGGGGACGGCUCGCAGGCCGCCAAACCCUCCUCCAUUCCCGAUGCCAUCGCCCGCGCAGGCCGCGAUGACGGCUUCCAUGACGCCAGCCACUGCUGUGUCGACGACCGCAACCACGGGCACCGGCACGACAACGACCUCUGCCACCACGACACCAGCCGCCAGACAGGCCCAGUCUUCUAUGACACCAGAGGAGUACUUGAAGACAGUGGAGGCUGCUGAGCAGAAGUUGGAUGAGUACGUGCAGAAGGAAUAUGCGGCGCGACAGCAGAUCUACGGCACGAUCAGCGACCAGCUACUUCUUCGCGUGAAGAAGCUGGGUACCGCGGUGGAUGUAUGGCUCGCCGUGCAGAACGAGUACGAGAGUAAGUCCGAUAUGUACUCGGGCGCUCUGCGGACUCGUCUGCAGAACACGAAGUGCGAGGAAGGAGCCGAUGUGCGAGCCCACCUCGACACGCUCGCGAAGAUGCGCGAGGAAUUGGCGUCCAUGGGAGCGCCGAUUUCCGAUGCCGACUUCUCUGCUCAUGUCUUCGCGUCACUUCCGGAGACGUUCAGUCCACUCCUGCAGGCCCUCUCCACUGCCGCGCGCGUAGCGAAGACAACACUUUCUGCUGAUGACCUUCUGGCCAGCAUCCUUGAAGAGCACGACCGGCGGAAGGCACACCUGAAGCCAGAGUCCGCGCUCUCGGUGAAGGCAGACAUGCGCUCGCGCUCACGUUCCAAGAGUCGCGGACGUGGCGCGAAGUCCAAGGACAUGGAGUGCUACAACUGUGGCCGAAAGGGCCACUUCUCGCGUGACUGCUGGCGCGAGGGCGGCGGAAAGGAGGGCCAGGGACCGAAGGACCAGUCACCAAAGAAGGACAGCAGCGGAAGCAAGAAUGCGAAGGGAAAACCCGCAGCAAACGCAGCUGUUGGUGACAGCGCGACUGACCACGCAUUCACUGCCACCUUCGACAGCACUGCGCUUGCUGCAAAGCCAUCCGAGGUCAAGGUCGAAGUCUACGACAGCGGCGCAACCCGCCACAUGUCCCCAUAUCGUGAUGCAUUUGUCACGUUCAAGGCCAUCGGCUUGAAGCCCAUCACCGCAGCUGAUGGGCGCAAGUUCCAUGCGACUGGCGAAGGCACCAUGAGGAUCGAAAUCCCAAACGGUGAUCAGUCAACGACCGUGAUGCUCGAAGAUGUUCUGUACGCACCCGAGAUUGCAUUCGCCCUCAUCCCAAUUGCACGAGCGGAUACUGCGGGCUAUUCCACCACCUUCGAGAAUGGUGAGUGUCGUUUAUACUCACGUCGACACUCCCGCACAAUUGGGCGCAUCCCCUCGACGAAUGGGCUGUAUAAAGUCGAGCACCCAAAGUCAAGGGAGGUAGCAUCAGUCGCAGAGGAGAGCAAAGAUGAGUGCGCUCUCGUCUCGCUCUCCGUCAUGGACUUCCACCGCCGCAUGGGACACAUUGCACCUGCAAUCGCUGAGCAUCUUGUCUGUGAAGGCCGAGUCAAAGGCAUACAGCUGACAGACAAGGCCAGCCCAGACAAGAACUGUGAGUCCUGCAUACAGGCAAAAAUCACACGCCAGCCAGUGCCGAAGGAACGAGAAGGAGGACGUGCGAAGGAGCUCGGUGACCGGAUCCACUCAGAUGUCUGGGGCCCGGCACGCACUGAAACCCUUGGAGGAAAACGGUACUUCACUUCAUUCACGGAUGAUGCGACGCGAUGGACCGACCUCUACCUGCUGCGAGUGAAGUCAGGCACCUUCUCCGCUUACAAAUUAUUUGAGGCACGACUGAAGACACAGGAUGGCAAGGCCAUCAAAGCCCUCCAGUCAGAUCGAGGGGGCGAGUAUCUCAGCCAAGCAUUCAAGGAUCACCUUGAAGUGCAAGGCACCAUCUCCCGACUCACCGUCCAUGACACGCCGCAGCACAAUGGGCUCGCAGAGCGUAUCAACAGAACCCUGCCAGAGCAUGCCCGUGCGAUGCUGAUCACAGCAGAGCUGCCUAAGAGUCUCUGGGGUGAGGCACUUAUGCACGCGAUGUGGCUGAAGAACCGGACAUCGACACGUGCGCUCGACGGGAAGACUCCAUACGAGGCACGCUAUGGCAAGCUUCCCGACCUCCACGACCUCCAUGAGUUUGGCGCAAAAGUAUGGGUACGCAUUGAAGAUGCGGACAAACUCGAGUCGAAGGCACGUGCAGGCCGCUUCGUCGGGUAUAGUGACGAGAGCAAGGGCUACUGUGUGUACUGGCCCGAGAAGCGCAGCGUCUCGGUGGAGCGAAAUGUCCGCUUCAUCAAUCAGCUCAUCGUUGCUGAUGAGGCUCAGCCCGAGGGGGCGAAGGAGACAGUCGUCCUGACCUCACCGGCAACACCUUCUGCACCCGCACAGGAGCCAGAAUACGAGCCGCGCACCUCUGAAACUCAGGCAGCACCUCCCGCGACAUCUCCCACUGCAUCUCUGACACCAUCCUCUGACGCCGCAGCAAAAGAACCUGCAAGUGCAAAGUCCGAUUCCGAGAGUGGCACCGGACACUCGCAACGUGCACGCAAGGCCUCUGCAUACGUGAAGCGUCUCAACGACGGCUCAGGCAUUAUGGAUGGGCGCAAGAGACAGUUGAGGACAGCGAGAGUGAGGAAGAUGAACCCAUCUUUGCAAUGCCAGCCGCAUUUGCAGUGCACGAAGGUCAAGAGCCGCGAUCCCUCGAGGAAGCCAUGCAAAGCCCGGACUGGCCGCAGUGGCAGCAGGCGAUUGAAAAAGAGAUGCAAAACCUUCAUGACCAUCACACGUAUGAUCUCGUUGAACCGCCUGAGAAUACUAACAUUGUCGGUUCAAAAUUCGUCUUCAGGAUCAAGCACAAUGCAAAUGGCGAGAUAG